AAAUGUUAGGAACACGUCCACUGCUUACUACACCUUAAUUUUCUCUCACUCUUUCCAGUUCGGUCAACCUUCGUUUCUUUACUUCUCACUCUUUCCUAUUUCUUCCAUUUUUCCUUCUCUUCUCUUCUCUUCUCUUUCAUUUCACACAUCUUCUCAGGCCUUAUUUCUGCUUUUUCCUUCAUGGGGUGCGCAUAUUUUCCUCCUUUGAAAAUGGGUUUUCUGCAAAAAGGAUUCUUUUGAGAUGAGUUGGUGAGUGCUGUGCUGUAUUUGCUGUGGAUUUGGCCUCAAUUUGGACUGCAUGACAUGGCUUCCCUUCUCAGAAAAUUAAGGCCUUCUUCUGUGCCUGUUGCUGCCGUGAAAACUGAAGACAGCAUAAGCAGCAGCUAUGAGUACUCCAUUGCCAUGCUGUAUAAUGGCCCUCCUCUCUGUUACUCCAUUCCUGAAAUUCCUGCUUUCAAAAUUGACCAAAUUCCAGUUGCAACCAUUGCUCCUCUCUCUCAUGAUGACUUCUCUGUCCCGGUAAUCCAACCUCUUAGUAAAAGCCUUAACAAGAGGAAGCAGAAUCCGUGUUCAGCAGAUUCUGCUGUCCCUCCAAACUUGGAUUCUCGUGCAACUGGUUCAGCCCCGCUUCUGUCUGGUACUGAUGGUGACGACAUGUACGAGAGUUUGGAGACUUUGAAAGUGCCCUGUGCUAGAGAUGGCGCCAUUCUUAACACAACUUUGGACACCACAGAAUCAGGUCCAGCUUCAGGUUCAGGUUCAGGUUCAACCUCUCUUUUUGCUUCCUCUGAUGGGAUUUGUUCUUUGGGAGAAGAAGAGCAAGCAACAAGUCCCAAGCAUGUGAAGCGUGUUUCUGCCGUGACCUUCUGUGAUCCUGAGUCAAACUACAUGAUGGAGAGCGAUAGUGAUGAGUUUGGUGAUUCUCAGGUUGAGAGUGUUCCUGUGAUGGAACGUGCAGUGAGACCUGGGAAGAAGGGUUCUUGCUAUAAGUGCCUCAAGGGGAACCGAUUCACACCGAAGGAGGUUUGCAUUGUUUGUAGUGCAAAGUAUUGUCGCAGCUGUGUGGUGAGGGCCAUGGGGUCCAUGCCACAGGGAAGAAAAUGUGUGACUUGCAUUGGAUACAGAAUUGAUGAAAGAAAGAGGAGGAAACUGGGGAAAUCUUCGCGGAUGAUGAAGCAGUUGCUGUCUGAGUUUAUUGUGGCUGAAGUCAUGGAUAAUGAAAAGUCUUGUGAAGAAAAUCAAAUACCACCCGAGCUUGUUUUUGUCAACUCGCAACCUCUGGACCGGGAACAGCUUUUGUUGCUUCUAAACUGUCGAAAUCCCCCAAAACAUCUUAAACCAGGAUCCUAUUGGUAUGAUAAAGCAUCUGGAUUUUGGGGAAAGGAAGGUCAACCACCCAGUGAGGUUAUCAGCCCCCAGCUGGUUGUUGGAGGUCGCUUGGACAAGUAUGCAAGCAAUGGAGACACAAAUGUGAUUAUAAAUGAUCGCCUGAUUACAAAAAAAGAGUUAUGGGUACUGCAGUUGGCUGGAGUGCCGUGUGAGGGAACACCAAACUUUUGGGUGAACGCUGAUGGAUCAUACAGGGAAGAGGGACAGAGGAAUGAUAGGGGGUGUAUAUGGGAAAAGCGCAGAGCAAGGUUGGCAUGUGCAAUUCUGUCUUUGCCAGUUCCUUCUAAGUCUGUAACUCUUUCUUGUGAAGGUGAAAUGCCAAACAAGGACAGUCUUCCUAGGAAAAUACUUCACAAAUUUCUACUUGUUGGUUCUGUCAAUUCUGGUGCAUGCACUAUAUUUAAACAGGCCAAGCUUCUGUAUAAUGUGCCUUUCUCUGAAAAUGAGCUCGAAGAUAUCAAGUUGGUGAUCCAAAGUAACCUGUUUACCUAUCUUGGUAUACUGCUGGAGGGGCGUGCAAAUUUUGAAACAGAGUUUUUGUUGGAGAAUAGGAGAGAAAGGCCUGUGGCUGAAUCCACUUCAUCAGCAGAGAAUAUCAGCAGUGAUGAUGUUGAAACAACACCCUAUUCCAUUGGCCCACGACUGAAAGCUUUCUCGGAUUGGCUACUUAAAUACAUGGUGUCAGGUAACCUUGAUGCAAUAUUUCCUGCUGCUAUACGUGAAUAUGGACCACUUGUGGAAGGUGUGUGGAAGGACAAAGCCAUUCAAGCAACGUAUGACAGGCGAAAUGAACUAGAAAUGCUACCUAGAAGUGCAAACUAUUUUCUGGACCGGGCUGUUGAAAUUUCCAAGACAGACUAUAAGCCAUCUGAUAUGGACAUCUUGUACGCUGAGGGCAUAUCGUUACCCAAAAGCCUUACUUCAAUGGAAUUUUCUUUCCCUAAAUUAAGCAGUGAGGACUCUUUGCAUGCUGAUUAUCAACAUGACUCUUCUCUCAGAUACCAACUGAUCAGAUUACAUCCUAAAAGCCUUGGACCAAAGUGCAAGUGGUUGGAGAUGUUUGUAGAUACGGAUGUUGUAAUAUUCUCAGUUGCUUUAUCUGACUAUGAUGAGUACAUUACAGACAGUGAAGGGGUUUCUACAAACAAAAUGAUGGUAGCUAAGACACUCUUUGAAAACAUCAUUGCACAUCCAUCCUUUCAUAACAAAAAAUUUCUCCUAGUACUGACCAAAUUUGAUCUACUUGAGGAAAAGAUUGAAGACGUUCCUCUAUCGAAAUGUGAAUGGUUUAGUGAUUUCAAACCAUUUAUCAGUCCCAAUAUGAAGAAAGGUUGUAGCAAUGGCAAUAACCCUUUGUUAGCUCAAUCUGCUUUUCAAUACAUUGCUGUCAAGUUCAAGAGAUUGUUCCAUUCUCUCACUCACCGAAUUCUCUUUGUUUCACUGGUUAAUGGGUUGGAACCUGAUACUGUUGAUGAAGCUCUCAGAAAUGGAAGGGAGGUCAUGGAGUGGGAAAAAUGGGACCCCUCCAUUGUAACAGAUCCAAAGUCAGAGAUUACAUCAACAAGCAUUGAGGACCCAAGUUACACAUAGUGUUAAUUUUCUCCAAUAUAUUUGUACAGAGUUCAUGAUUUUUCAUGUGGGGGAUGAAAAGUGAUAACAAAGUAAAAUUUUGACUAGAUUCAUUAGGGUGGACCCAAAUUAUCUAUUUAUGAUCUUUUUCACAUGGGUCUCAGUCUUACAAAAUUCUAUGUAUAGAUGUACUUGUACACCACGAUACAUAAAGGGGAAGAACACAGAAAAGGGUUGGCCAUUUUGUCAUCUGUAAUAUGAAUUGAAGAUAAUUUGUCUUCUAUUUUUUUGUGAAGAGAAGAGAACGAUGUUCACUAGUUUG